AUGGCUCCGGAGUGGCCCAAGAUCCGCGCUUUUAACUUGAAGGCAGCGGAGGAAGAGGAACGGCGCCAUCGGGAAGAAGAGCUCGCUCAGUUCUUCCUAGAGAACAAAUUCGAGGACAUUGUAGCUCGGCGGAGAUGGAUGAAGCUAAAAUCCGCGCCAGUCCACUGGCCAGCUGAGCUGGUUCGAAAGCACGUACAUCCCUGUCAUGUGUUGACCUCAGCGGUCAUUGAGCAGUACAAAGCCAUCCACAAAGUUUGGAUCCUGGUUGCCAAGGAAGAGACCGCCGACAGUCUCGAGUUUGUUGUUUAUGCUGCCACCAUGCACGACAGCAAGUCGCUCGGCCGAGACCGACUGGCGACGGCGUGCCGAGCUAUCCGCCAUCGUAUCGAACUCGCGCUCCUGGUGUUACAACCACCAACGGAGCAGCGGGCAAUUGUCUUCGAUGUGGCGCCCGGCAGUAUAGUCACGUUCAGAGCCCCGCCCCCUGGAUCGCGAGCCACUUUACCAUCCCCACACGCGUCGACUCCGUACAAAGCCAACUGGCGGUCAGUCGACGUGUCGACCUCUGUCAAGCAAGGCAUCCACAAGGGCCUAAACCAUGAGCUCGCCCUUCUGCAGUACAAGGUCGGGCGACACGACAUGUCAAUCACGUUUGGCGCCCUUCUGCUCAAGGACAUCCGCAACGAGCCCGCAACACUCGCUGAUGUCGGGACGAGACGCGACGCCCUGAACGGACAGCAAAGGAUAAUCACCUCAUUUUCCGACAGUGCCGGAUACCAGAACAAAGCCAUACGGGCCGAUGUUGCUAGCCUCCAGAGUGACAAGGACAAAGCCAUCACCGACCUCAAGUCAGCCGCCAACGACAACAUCUGGCUUGCCUACCUGCUCAAAGGAAAAGGUUACAACAUCGAUGUGACUCUGUUUGUCAAUGAAAAGACCCAUCAGGUCCGCGAGUUGGCGAGGUUGCAAAACGCGGCCGCCGCCCACCUGGUGCAGAGGCACAAGGACGGCAUUGCUGAUACACAUCUGAGCUAUGACCGGAGCGAUGACGCGGCUCGAGCGCUUGAACGCGGCGCGGUUGAGCGGAUGUGCAAGGACAUACUCGAGAAGAUGAAGCGGUUUGCCGACCAAAAGUUCUCUUUCAAUGAGUUCAUGUCCGAGCGGACAAAGAUCGAGAUCGAGCGCGCUGAACUAGAUAAGCGCCUGCUACCGCACAAAGCCCACGAGUCGGAACUUCGAGAGCAGAUCUAUACCCUCGUCGACGCGAAGUACGACGAUAUCGACUCCACGAUGGUUACCUUCAUCAACACUGCCUUCGCAGACGGCGAGCGGAUCGGCCGCGACAUCGGCUUCAAGGCCGGCUUCCGUAUGAAGAGGACCCUGGAGGAGCUUGAGCUCUCAGGCGGAAACGUCCCCAUCAGCAUCUGCGAGCCUUGGAUACAGGUUGCUGUCGACGAGGCCGCCGCUAUGAGCCUCGAGGCGACCCGCACAAAGCCAAAUUCUAUGCCGACUUCGUACGACCAAGCAUGCGCGAUCCUCAAGAAGGAUGUCGUCAAGCAAUGA